UCCAUUGGACCAUUUCUUCAGAGACUGCAAUUUUCUGGGGAGGAAAAAACAGAAGAACCGAAGAAACCCCAAUCGCUUCCGGCUAGCAACGCUUCAUAGAGCAGAAAUGGGCGGCAACUUCAUAAGGAACGUCUGCGGGUACGAGACUAGACUUUGCGUUGCCUAUGUCGAUCAAAUCACCGCGGAAGCUCAGUCCCUUACGAAACACCAACACUGGCGAGCCUAUGCUCGAUUUCCGAGUCAAUUUAGCAAAAUCAAAGGUCCCAGAACUUCAUCAUCUCAUCCGUGGUCAUUUUCAUCGUCAACGUCGUCGUCGUCGUCGUCGUCUCCUUCUUAUUCAAAAGCUGGUUUUGUGGGAUGGUAUUUGAGCAAGCUCGAAUCUCGCCCACUUAUCACAAAAAGUAUAUCAUCUUGUCUUAUUUAUACAGCUGCAGAUUUGACUUCCCAGAUGAUUACACUGCCACCUUUAGGUUCUUUCGACACUGUAAGGACAUUGCGCAUGGCAGCAUAUGGCUUGCUAAUUUUAGGGCCAAGCCAGCAUUUGUGGUUUAACUUUUUGUCAAAGGUUUUACCCAAGAGGGAUCUGCUGACAACCCUGAAGAAAAUCAUUAUGGGACAGACUAUUUAUGGACCCGCUAUCACCACUAUUUUCUUCUCCUAUAAUGCUGGGUUACAAGGUGAAAGUGGUCAAGAGAUUGUUGCAAGAUUGAAGCGUGAUUUGCUGCCAACAUUUAAAAGUGGUGUUUUAUUCUGGCCGAUCUGUGAUUUUUUUACAUUCAAAUUUGUACCUGUUCAUUUACAGCCACUGAUGAACAGUUCUUGUUCGUAUGUAUGGACCAUUUAUUUGACAUACAUGGCGAGCUUAAAAAAGGUGGGCGCCGAUUAGUAUUGGAAUGCUCAUGUAGAGUUGCACCCAUUCUCUGCUUCGAAGGAAACAGAGCGAGUCUUGUUGGCCACACUCUUUUCAGGUUAUGAUUUACAAACAUUGCAUCCGUGCUUUCAUCUUCAACCGCUCUUAGUUCUUAACUUGUACAGAAUCGCAUUUGAUACUUGUAACUUGUUCAGACUUUUCUGUACAGAGUUUCUUACAGCACUUGCAAUUCAAAUUACUCAGGCUUCGUUGA